AUGUCAAACGAUAUUACCCACAAUAGGUCCGUCCUAAAAGAAUUUCUGGCAUCCAUUGCGACCAUUUCGGGAGACUUGUCAAAUAUUACUGCACCGCCAUUCGUACUCGCAGAUAAUUCGACUGUGGAGAUACCACAAUAUUGGGCAGAUCACCCAUAUCUUUGGGCCGCACCAGCAACUGAGGAAAACCCAGAAAAGCGGGCAUUGCUCGUAUUGAAGAACUUUCUUUGUUCACUACGCGGCCAACAGUAUGGAGGACGAAAAGAAGAGGAUGGCGUCAAGAAGCCCUUGAAUGCCUUUAUUGGAGAGAUUUUCCUAGGGGGCUGGAACAUGGAAGACCUGGGCGAAACCAGGUUAGUAUCUGAGCAGGUUGGACAUCACCCGCCAAUCACUGCAUGCUACCUGUGGAACAACCAUGUCGGUAUUCGCGCCGAAGGUUUCACUGAGCAGGAAAUCACUUUCAACGGAAACGUGGCUAUCAAGCAAAAGGGCUAUGCGAUAGUCCAUAUCGAUAAAUACGACGAAGACUAUCUACUUCCCUUGCCUAGUAUCAAAGUCAAAGGUCUUCUUAGUGGCGUUCCGCACCCCGAACUCUACGGUGACUACUCGCUCAUCUGCUCCAAUGGAUACAUAUCGCACAUACACUUUGAAGGCAAAUCACUGCUCGGGUUCGGACAAAAGAACAGUUUUCGUGCGCGCUUCUUCCACAAGGACAACCCUUCUGAUAUCAUCUACAUCCUUGAAGGCACGUGGAACAGCACUUUUACCAUCAAAGAUGCACGUAGCGGCACGGAAAUCGAGACCUGUGACGUACGCAGCAUCGAACAACAGCCCAUGACUGUUCCUGACCUGUCCGAGCAAGAUCCAUGGGAGUCGAGAAAGGCAUGGCAGCACGUCAUUUCCGCGUUGCGCAGAGGGGAUAUGAGGGGCGUUGUUAAGGCCAAGAGCGAAGUUGAAAAUGGACAAAGACAAAUGCGUAAGGACGAGCAAGCAAAAGGCGAGACAUUUACCCCCGUCUUCUUCAAACGGGUAGACAAGGACCCCAUAUUCGAGGAAUUGGUCCAGUACGACCCACAGGGUUAUACGAUUGACCCCAAAGCCGGCAUAUGGAAAGUGGACAAGGAGGCUGCGGAGAGCAAGUCGAGACCCUUCCGCGGCGAUCUGACGCCCUCGAACCAACGAACUAGCAAUCCGCAGCCGCAUUCUCAACAACAUAGCAGAAAUAAUAGCACCGCGGCAAGCGGACAGGAUCCGGAGUGUAGUGGAGCAGAAAUGGAGACUGCAGCUGACAGUAUUAAUGGAGCAACGGAACCUAGGGGGUGUCCGGCGCCGUCGUCGCCUUCGGACUCAUCGGCUCGAAAUGUAGCGACGGAAACUACUACCCAUAGUCCCGUCGAACCGUCUGAUCAGCAAGUCGAGGACUUCCUACGCGCGAAAACGGGUAAUGUCCGUUGA